AGAAAAUCCAAUAUGGCGGAUUGAUUAACCAUCAAAACAUUUGAAUCCCCUUUGCGUUUAUAAAGCACACAUCUGGUUUUCCCGUCGUGUGACACAGCGAGAUGGAAGACGAGGACCUGGAAGAAAUGCGAGCGCUGAGAGGUAAAAGUUAUAAGAAGAAUGUUUACAAAUUUCAGGCAUCACUUCCAUCAGCUUUGAUUGAGGUCGAAGCGCAUGAAAUUCGAAAUUUCAGCUUCAUAUAGUUCUUUCAGAAACUUUUUGUGACAUAUUCAAAUAUCGAGGGUACAAUGGCGACUAGGAGUCAUCAAUUCGUUGAUGACUCUAAAAUGAGCUGUCACUCAAAUACGUUUUACUCUUGUUUUGUUGCUAGCCUCUUCCAAAUACAAUCAGUCAAACUCAGUUGCUCACAUUUUUCGCCCCUCACGGAGCCGAGAGCAAGACAGGAGCGAGAAAAUCACGCGCACUUCAGGAGAAUCAACACGAGCGACAUCAACAGAGCCUUUGGCUGUAUCAUUCAAGGGUGGAGGUACAGAGGGUUCCAUGACAAAUUGAAUUUCUUUACUUUUUCUGCGUACGCUGCAGAGCUUUCAGAUAAAUAUGGUUAAAAAUCAUACAGUCUUUGAAAGGAAGAACCUUGCGGUUAUCCCUAUAGAAAGGGCCUUCUUUAUUCUGAACAAGAAUUUCUACUGUUGGAAGUAAGUACAAAGAAAAAAAAGUAAAACUAUAGUUACGAGGAUGAUUGAUUUUAUAGAUAAAUUAACCAAAGCAGUAGUUUGCUUCCUCAAAAUCAACUGUUUAAAUUAGAAACCUUGAAUGUGUGGCAAAUGAUAGUUUCAGCAUGAGAGUGGUGAAUUAAAUUUGUUUGCGUGAGUCUCAAGCUCAAUACAUCAAAUUUGAGAGCUCUGAUGAUAUGGCUAAAUGCCCAAACUUCAAAAGUAGUACUGUUGUAAUUGUGGUUUGUUUUUUUUUUUUAAAGCUGAUUUAAGAAAGGAAAGUGAAACUUCAGAUUCAAUGGAGGUCCUGAUGGGGUUUUCAGGUUUUGGUAAGUUAUUUUUAUUAUUGAUAUGAAAUGAAAAGUGUUGAUGUUUGGUGGUUACAAACAUUGUAUGCAAAUGUUAGAAGGUAACAUGUGUCUUGCGAAUGCUUAACCUUGAUUCAGCAUCCUGGAAUUCUUGACUUUUUGCUUUUAUUCCAGCUAAUGGUUACAUUUUGUCCAAUACUUGUACCUUCUGCAUGAAAGUCUCUUUAUAUCCCCCAACCAAAGCAGAGGUACACUUUGUCUUGAAUAUUAUUUCCAAAUAAGCCUUUUAUUUCCUUGGAUAACAGACAAGAAGAAAGUGUGAAGUUAUUAGUAUUAUAUAAAUACCAAUAAAAUACCAGGUGAGCUUUUUCCCUAAAACUGAUAUCUUCACCUGUGAAAAUAACAUGUUAUCUUCACACAUGAAAAUACUAUACUGUUACUAUGGUUACUUAAUUAAUUGCACCUUUUCCAGGGAGAGUGAAAUGGUUUGGUUUUCCAUUGGUGUUUAAUAUAUAAUAAAUAGCAUAUAACAUGACAGCUUAGAGAUGUGCAAUUUAUCUUCUUGCUUGACUCACUCGUGAAAUAUUUUUCAAUAAAAGAGAAAUUUUAUACCCCUGUGCGGCCAUGUAACAUUCUCUAUAUAACUUUUCAGGAUUAAACUCCCAUCAAUGUAUCACUUUGAUCUUCAAUGGAAAUCUCAUCUUUUGAGUACUUUUUGUAUCCCAAGCUAUUUGCUUUAGCUAGAAAAUCAAGAUAAAUUUAGUCCUUUUACUCCAAAUAUCUCAUUAGUAAUUCUCUUUACUGUCUGCCAUGUAAUUUUUAAAAUAUUGGUUUGGAGAGCUAUUUUGGUAUUGGAUCAACUUAUAAUACCCUAAUUGAUAUUUUUCUUUAUUCUCAUCACUUGUUUGCUUAAUAUUGUCUGGACAUUGUAAGGAGAAAUUUUGUCUUGGUCACUCUGGGAUUUAAGGGUUAACAGGAAUCUAACAAGAAAGACUCUGGGUUGAAUUAUUAUUUGUUUUUAUCUGUAUAGAGAGAUAACAGAGCCAAGAAUAAUUACAGUAUAUGAUUUAUGAUAACGGUAUGUAUUUGAAGCAGUGGGAAUCUAGUGAAAAAGAAAAAAAAAUGGAAGGCUUCUCUGUCAACCUGAAAUGAUAAUUGAUGAGUAAAACGCUGCAUGUAAAUGUAGAAUAGUUUGUACUUUUCAUUACAUGUGCUUGAACUUUUAGGAAAAAAGGCAGCAAAACAAUUUAAUGUGGACGAUAUGUUUGAAAAGGCAAGACGAACAGCCAAGGAAAUGUCAAUUAGUAGACAAAAAGGUACAGUAUAAUGGCUCAGACGGUAUUAUUAUGAAUCAUUAAUAAUGAUCUAAUGUUUUUAUCCAAUGGUCAAUCCAAUGCUUUCUUAUUUUACCACCUCAAUAAUCUCAUUAUCAAAUUACUAAAUUACAAUUUUCAUGGACUAACCCCACUCCUAAUUAUUUGUAUUUUCACUACUGUACAGUGUAGGUAAAAUAACUAAAAUUACAGCCUGGGCCAACUUUAAAUAUUCUAUGUUUUUCUUGCAUUUAGACUCAUUGAUGGAAACUGUCAAUGGUGACGAUGAACCUGCUCCCUUUGUCAUCAUGCCACCAUCAUCUAAUAAUAUCGAGGUAAAAGAACUACAUUGGAUUUUUAUCAAUGGCAGUCAGUACUAAUUAUAGGAGUGAUUCGAACUCGUGGUCAAGGUAAAGAAUUAGAAGACUAGGUGUUGACACAGGAAACAGAAGAGGUUAAUGUUUGCACUUUAUAUUAACAAAAAGUCAAAAAUUCAGGUCUGCUCUUCUCCUGGUAAUGUUCGUGUUGAUUGCACAGUUAUCCUCGUUACACACCAAAGGGUGUAUUUAAAUGUUUCUGAAUCCUCUCUAGAUUAGUUCCAGUCCUUGCAUAUAUAAAUUCUUAAUUGGGCAAAUCAAGGAGAGACAUAGUGCCUAAUGGUCAGUGCACUGGACUCCAGGUCAAGAGGUCUGAGGUUGAGACCUAGCCAAGUCAAUGUGUCGUGUUCUUGAACAAAAUACUUUACUUUAACAAUGGCUCUCUCCAACUAGGAGAAUAAAUGGGUGAUGGCUAGCUGUCAGGAAAGCCUGAAAUGAAAUGUUGGGGUAAGCUUGCAAUGAACAAGCAUCCCAUUUAGGGGGAGGGUAGUAAUACUCCUAGUUGCUUCUUGCUAAGGAAACUGGGAUGAGGUGCGGUUGGGAGGGCCACUAGGCUCAGGUACAGUCUUUGCAUUUUUGCCCUCUACCAAUAAUCAGGCAGUUAGUCAUUCAUUUUAUCAGUUAUAAUAAAGAUGAUGUGCUGUGCUGAAACAAAACACUUUUGUUAGUAAUUAAAAGCCUUUUCGUAGAAACCAGACAGAAACAAGCACAAGGACCGUGAUAGUGAUGAUGAUGAUGACUAUAAUAAUAGUGAUGAUGAUGAACCUGAUGAAGAGGUAAUUCAGUUAUAAAGUCCAUCUGGAGGAUGAGUUUAUAUCACAAACAUAAUAGCUAUUCCACCUCUGUUACACAUUGCUGUUGUUCUAUACACAAGUAUUUCUCAACCUUUUUAUGUUUAAUACAUGAAUACAUGUUAGUAAUGUGCAUCUGAAAGUACUGUAUGUUGUGGUGUAAAAUACCUUUUAUGGACUUGUGACUCACACUCUAGUCUGAUAUGAGUUGAAAAUAAUUACUGUUACUUAAAGCAGCUUAUUAUAUGACUUAAUCUGUGACCAACCUUUGAUAGAUAUGUAGUAAUUGUUGCUCUAAAGUGCAUUCCAACUGUUUUAAUGUACCUGGCACUUACAUUAUUAGCUUUUAUUAUAUUGCUGCAAUGCCUGUGGGAAAUAUGAAGGAAUCCUGUUCUGAUUGGCUACCUGAACAAGUAAGAUGGGUCCCUCUUGCCUGCUCGGGAUUGCGAGCUUUGAUACUGCACAAUAAAAACUUACGUGGAGUGGACUUAAAAAUCCCACAAACAGUCAAAAUAAAGAAACAUAAACAACUCUUGUGGGUUUAUGGACCAAAGUUGGCUUUCUUUCCUGCCUCUGGAAAUAAACAAGUCAUUCUUGAUUCUUAGUAAAGCAAUAUUUUUUUGCUAUUAAACAAUCCAUUAUUUGCUGAGCUUGUUAAGUCAAGAUUGCUGGAUGUAAGCCUCGUGCUUUUUGUGUGAUUUAUAAACCUGGACUUUGUCUCAGUCUAUAAAAAUGUAAAAAAAAAAGAACUUGGCCAAUAUUCAGCCAUCUUGGCCUCACACUUGAUCAAUAAUGGGUAUACCACUGAUAGUUAUUUUCAUGUGCCCUUUCCUUUUUGUCCUUAGAGCAUUGAGAAAAGGAUACCUAUCAGUCAUGAAAUUUCACUAGACCAUGGAAACAAAACAGUUGAGUUGUCUUAAUGUUAAUUAUUAGUAUCUUAAAUUACCAUGUAAUUCCUGUUCAAAUUAUCAGUGCUCCAGUGUAUCUGGAUUUUGAGUUGUGUUGCUUUGUAUUGUGACAUCAUUAUACAUAGAAAGAGGUCCAAUUCCAAGGAAGAGUUCUGUCUUUUGAGAGUAAUGCGAGAUUUAUUUUGACCAGAUUAGGCUGAUACUCAAAGAACUAUCAUGCCAAUCCUUCAUAAAAAUGAGAAGUGAUAAUUUUUGCAGUGUGGGGCCAACAUAGUGGUAAAAAUUAUUUAAACUCAAAAACCACCAAGAUCUGAUUGUUAAUUCUCCCCUCUAGCUGCCUCUCAUUUCCUUGUAAUAUAAUUAUGAAAAUUUGGUGCUAGAUCAAGAUAACAAUUUCUGUCACUGAAACACUGUACUGAAGCAAGACCAAUGAAAUUCCUUACUACUUUUGACACUCAGUUGAAAUUUCUCAACCUUGCUGUCUUAGGUCUCAGCCCUAGCUCUGGAUCCAUCAGGAUCACGCCUUGUGACUGGAGGUUAUGAUUAUGAGGUACUGUAACAAAAACUUGAAUUGUGACUGCACCUGCCCAUGUAUAUGUUGACUGAAUGUUAAACUAAUAACUUGGGGUUGUUAUUAACUAACUACUAUGGUUAAAAAUGUAGCAUUUGCUUGUUUGUGUAAAACACUCUUUUAUUCAUCAAAGUAUCUGAUUUAGAUUAGUGAAUAAAGGGGGUAAGUUUCUAAAGAAACUGUGGUGCUGCAUCAGUAGGAGAGUAUAACAGGGUAAUUUAGUGUUAUCAACUGAGUUGAUAAUGUAAAUUGACCUCCAUAAAGAGUUUUGAAGCUGAUGCUUGAAAUGUCAGCUUUCAAACUCUUUAUGGUGGUCAAUUUACCUUAUCAACUCAUUUGAUAAUACUUAAUUGCCCUGGUUAAGAUAAGGGUCAGGAUAAGAUCUGUGGUCUCAUGAUGAGUCUGACGUUGAUUAAUUGUUAGUGUCUGUUGCUCAUUUCAGGUAAAGUUUUGGGAUUUUAAUGCCAUGGAUGCUUCUCGUCGUGCCUUUAGAACUCUGCAGCCUUUUGAGUGUCAUCAGAUCAAGUCAAUACAAUACAGUAUCACUGGAGAUGUCAUUUUAGUUGCUUCUGGAAAUGCUCAGGUAAAUUGGCUAUGCUGUAUUGCAGCCAGUAGGCCACAAGUUUCUUUUAGAGAAAUGGAGAUAUGUCUUCUUUUAGAAAAUGUGCUUAACUCUCCCUUCAACUAGUUUUAUAAAAUUGUCAACCAAAGAAAAAUUUGAAUUAGGGCAGAUGCAUCAAUGGUAUAAUUAAAGACUAGAAUGCAGAAUAAUAAACAUGCAAGAUUUUCAGGAUGUUGAUGGGCUUUGAUCAGAUGAUUGAAUUUGAGUAAAAAAGAGUAUAAAUUCACUUUUUAAUAGCCCCUAAGAGUGACAAGCAUAUAGUUUCUCUCUACGUAUCACCACUCAAUGAAUCUUUAACCCUUUAACUCCCAAGAUCUGAUUGUAAAUUCUUCCCUCUAGCUGCUACACAUCUCCUUGUAAAUCAAUAAUAAAAAUUUGGUGUUAGAUCAAGAUAACAAACUCUGCUGCAUAAAUUUGGCAUUCUCAUUACCUGUUUGCUGGGAAAUGCAUGGAUACUAUAGGGAGAAGUUACAUGCUGAUCACUUCUGUAAGUGAUUAACAAGUAACUUAAAAUAAUUUGAUUACCAGUUCAAGUUAUUUUUUAAUUUCAGGCAAAAGUGAUUGACAGAGAUGGGUUUGAUGUCCUUGAAUGUGUAAAAGGGGAUCAGUAUAUUGUUGACAUGGCAAAGACCAAAGUAUGUUUAUGCAUUUGUGUUUGUUUGUUUUUUAAUUUAUGAAUGAUUCUUAGCCCUUUUUAACCCUUUAACUCCCAGAUCAAAUUUGUCAUUCUCCUCACCUUCAACCACACAAUUCUUACAGUGUUAGUUCAAAGAAUUUAUUACUGGAUCACCUAAUUAUCCCCAAAUUGAUAUUUUUCUCUAUUCUCAUCACUUAUCUGGUUGAUAUUGUAUUGAUAUUGUAAGGAGAAAUUCUGUCUUGGUCACCCAUGGGAGUUAAAGGGUUAACCUAAAGUCUGAAAGCUGAUUCUCUUCAUGAAGAAAAGGCAUGUCUUUGUUGGUCAUUCAUAUGAAUUUAGGGUUAUAAUGUAACAAUUUUUUCAGAAUGAUGGUUUUACUAAUUGUUGUAAUAUGUCUGCCUGACCAGGUAUGAAAAUUUCAGGGGAAAAUUCAUUGAUUUAUUGUUUCAGGGAGUUAGAAUGUUAUGGCUUAUGUAUUCAUUCAACAUGAAAUCAAGUAUUGAGGAAAGAUUUAUUUGGGAGUAGAAAUGAUAACAUUUAUUUUAGUUACCAGUAUACCUAAAUUAUCUUUUCAAAUUUGUAUAUGAUGAUGGCUAGUGCAAAAUUUUUAAAAUUUAUUGCUAUUUUUCCUUUUCUUUUUCCUAAACCAUAAAACUAGGUGUUUUUUAAUUACUUUCAUACCACUGAAAGUUUGCACAUGUGAUGAUCAUAGAAAAAGCACAAAAAUUUUUUGAGGGCCUUAAACAUGGUGAAACUAACUUAUUAUGGGCGCCUUUUCAAUGAUAUUUGAUAAUUUCUUUUUCAUAUACAUGUACACUAUAUGUCACUCUUACUUUUCGUAGGGACAUGUUGCAAUGUUGAACAAUGCAUGCUGGAAUCCAAAGGUCAAAGAUGAAUUCAUCACAUGCAGCAAUGAUGGGUUUGUGAAAAGUCUUUGUUUUGCUGUUUAUGUUUAAUACAUAGAUCCAGAUCUGAGUUUUUUUUUUUUUUUUUUUUUUUGAAUUUGACCACUGAUGUCAUGCAUUCAAGUUGAAGGGAGAUGGAAAAGAUGCACAUUUCGCCUUUUGAUCAUGGUGAACAUGCAUAGAAAGUAGCAAUAGUUUUGAUAUUACUUUUAAUACUGCUCCUUUGUAGUGUGAUUCUUGAUAGACACAUUGGAAAUUAUUUUUGGUAGUUCUUACCUAAUACCCCUCAUUAAGUUGGGAAUGACAGUUUGUUCAAUUUUCUGCUGUCUCUUUGACUCUACAUUAAUGCCAUGCGUGUAUGUGUCUGUUUCCUUAUGAAGCUAUUUCCUCAAAAAUUCUUUGUUUUACAGGACUGUCAGAAUAUGGAACACAGAAAAUCCUAAGAAAAAUAAAACUGUUAUCAAGACCAAGAACAAACAAGGUGAGAAAGUCCUGCGCUUACUGGACUACGACGAAGACUACGACGAAGUCUUCGGCGAAGUCUGUCGCGCGAGUCAUUUUUCGUGUAUCUCACCUCAAAGUUCCGCGCAACACCCUACCAUUUUUUUUUCACCGAUUUCUUUUGACUCGUAAGGAGGGACUACUGGCAGUCUAUGGGCUUACAGUGCCUGCUAUUUGUCUCUGCAGCAAAGAGUAUCGGUAGUUUUCUUUAAAAUGUACGUUUUAUUGCAACAUCUGUUUUUACGCAGGGAAGAAGACAAUUCCGACGCAUUGUUGCUUUAGUAAAGAUGGACGGAUAAUUGCUGCUGCGUGUCAGGUGAGCUGUGACUACCACAUAUACGUAGAAUAGCUGGGCUGUGAACAGUUUCUCUUGUUUGUGAAUAGAAAUUAAGGAAACUGAGCACAGACGUUUCCGAGAUGCAAACGGCAGCUGCGAAUACGAAGUUACUACUUCUGCAGCGAUUUGACAUCAAGCAAUCCUCCAAAAGCCAGAAACAAAAAAUCUAGGCCAUGUUCCAUGGAACAGAACAUUGAACUUCGUUUGGUGUUCGUUUCUCAUGAACGUGUUUGUUUAACCCUUCACACUCUAACAUCAGUAUGUAUAUUCUCCAUACAUUUCCUAAGGUGCUGACGAGGAGAAUUUGUUCAACAAUCUAGAGCUACUAUCCUCUUCUAUCCUCUUCUUCCUUUUUUCUUGUGGCCUUAAUUAGUGAUUUAGGGGGUGAUAUUGUAAGGAGAAAUUACAUGCUGGUCAAUCUCAAGGGUUAAAGGGUUAAGGCUCUACACUAAUAGGCCCCUCUGGUGAAGGUAAAGUUUGCUAACAGGCCUGACUUACGCAGAGCUAUUUCCGAUUGGGUGUUGAUAAUCCAGGAUUUGUUGGGUUUUGCUUUACGUUGAUUGGUCCGAAGACUAGCGCCACUUUCUCAACCAAUCAGAUCUAAAACUAUAACCGACAGCGGCCUAGUCACUCGCAUUUUCCCGCCUGAGGAACGGGUUUCUCUUAACACUGAAUUCUUAUUGGCUCCUUAUAUUUUCCUUUGCUUUGAUUGGCUGGUUCGAGCACUUUGGAUUUAGUUUUACGACACACAAUUGAAAUGCACUCUAACUGCCACUUUCUGCACUACAAUGGGGAGUAUUGCUGCUCUGCAAGGGUGGUAUGCUUGUCUAUCGCAGGCUACCACUAACAUUUCGUCACAGUUUUCUGACAAUUCGCACCCUUUACCCGUCUACAGUCCCACAGGGGUUUUAAUUACUUUUUCCAUAAAUGGUUGCCUAUGGUUUCAUUAACGGCCUGUGUUCGUAAAAGGGAAGGUAAAGCGAAACCCAUGCUUUAGCCGAAGUGGGCCCUGGACAAUAAAGUCAGGGUCUUACCUGAAAACAUAACGCAGUGGGCCGGUUAUCAAGACAAAGUUAAGCCGUUGUUCAACAAGAUCACGUUCUAAGCCAUCCUCAAUUUAGCCGAACCCAUUAUCUGAACAUCUAUUUUCAUGAACAGUAUUAAGAGAGCCGAAAGCUAAUAGUGAAAGGACAUUUAUUUUAAAUAAAUCAACCCUCUUGUAGAGAAUCCCCGAUCAUGAGGCCCACUGAUCACGUAAAACCGGCGUUUGGGUUGGACCUGGUGUAAAUAACCUGCCCAAUGACUUUUUGUUCAGUCAGAGUCCAGCUCACCAUUCGUUUGGCCUCUACAUCUCCUGGCAAUUGCCUAACGAAAGCAUUAGUUGCACUGGCGAAGGAUGAGCUUUUAGGCGUCUAUCACUGCGUUGUAAAUAAAAACUAUCUCUGGUUUAUUUAUUUUUUGUUUUUUUUUCUUAGGAUGGCUCCAUUCAAGCGUGGGAUACCAGAAAACCCUUUGUAAGUAUCUGUUUUUUCCUUGCUAUGAUGAUACCAUUUCCUCUGCCUCUAUAGGAGUGAAGCAUGGUCAUUCUUUGAAUAGAUGGUUUGAAUACCGAUCUGCAACAGAGCAGUUUUAAGUUGAGGGUCGAAAGUAAGUCGGGAUUGCAUUAAGUUUCCUUUACUGCGCUCCAUGAAUGGUACAAGUCAUUGUGCACAUUCUCCAUACUGUUCUCUAUACAUUUCUAUGAUGCUAUCCUGGCCCCGGUCGUUCGAAAGGGUGGAUAAUGCCAUCUGCUGGAUAACGCCAUCCACUGGAUAAAUCUCUAUCUGGUGGAUAGCGCGGUACGUUUUGUUCACAUUUACCCGCUGGAUAGCGGUUUAUCCAUAGAAUAGCAUUUUCCGCCCUUUAAACUACUGGGCUCUGGAGCCUGAAUUUGUUCUCUUACCUAGAGCUUCAUUCGUUGGUGAUCACUUCCCUAUUCUCGUGACCUCAAUGUUUGAUUCAGCAGUGAUACUGUAAUGGAAAUACACGCUGACUGUCAUCUAUUCUAAACAUAAAGCAUUUUUCUGAAUAUAAGUUUUACCUUAACAGAUCCACACAACAUACAUUCAGCGAACUGCACAUGCUCUGGGUAGUGACACGUCGUGUCUUUCCUUCUCCCAUGAAGGAAACUCUUUGGCUUCCAGGGGAGGUGAGAGUAAGAAAUGUGCAAAAUGGAGCUUGCUGGGAAGGAGGAGAGAGCGGAGGGGAAUUUGACCACGGUUCAACUUGAUGACUUGGCGAUUGAACUAUCGAAAGCAUCAAUAUUAUUGUCACAUUGGCGUUGUUUUGUUGUCAAAAAUCUUAUCCCUUGACCACCUCCAUAAGGAUGUGGUAGCUUUUUAAAGCUCCAUUAUAAAUUUUACCUUUGUAGGCUCUGAACCCUUCACGCCCUAACAUCAGUGUGCAUUUUCUCCAUACUGUUCCUUAUACAUUUCCUUAGGUAUUGACAAGGAGAAUUUGUUAAACAAUCAAGAACUUCUGUUGUUAGUGAUCAUCUCCUUCAUUCUCGUGACCUUAAUGUGUGAUUCAGGGGUGAGACCGUAAAGAGUAAUUAGAAGCUAGUCACUCUUAGUUUCAAAGAGUGAAAUAAUGUUUCCGAGUAAUAUAUGUGGUUUUUAUUCCAGCUUUGUAUUAGCUUGUCUCUGAAUGGAUUUUGUACUUGCUUUUUUGAGAUCCCCUCCAUAAACUGUGAAUUUUGAAGAUUAUUACAGGAGGAAUGCUUGAUUGGUAGAAGUACCUUAUCUUAAACACAAUGCAUCCAUUACUUGAUUGUAUCCGAUCCUUCAUUUGGUUCUCCUUAAAAAGCUGACUUUAAAUUAUUGACUGCAGGUGACGAUACUCUGAAAACUUGGGAUCUGAGGAACUUCAAGGAAUAUCUCAAUGUCGCCAUGAAUUUAACAAACUACUAUCCACAGUAAGCCUUUAUUAUUAAUUUCCGGUAAAAUAAAUGCUGUUUUUGGAUGGGCUAUCCAAGUGGGUGGAAUUGGGCUUGUAGGUAAGGUGCCCUUUUCGAAUGAGUGUAGACAGACUGGACCCAAAGUUAUCACAUUAGCCAAACAUAACCAAGGUUAAUAUUAAAGGGCGUCGGUGACAGCUCGGGCUACCUCAAACACGGGAAAUCGCUUGUAGACAAGACGGUAUUUUUUUUUUGUUUGCUUCUGGUUGUUCGAGUGUAUGGCGCGAGUUUACAAGACCAAUCACAAAGUGUGGUGAAGAAAAAAAAACCAUUGCAAUGCUGUUUCACUUUCUACGCUCAUUUGUAAAUUUCUCUCAGUUGAUGAACUGAUGUAAUAAACCUCACGAAUCAGCAAACUUAAAGGAUUUUGUAAAAUCCACUUUUUUUUUCUUGUUUCUCAGAACUUCAUGUCUGUUUAGUCCGGACGACAAGUUGAUAGUAACGGGAACAUCUGUAAAGAAAGGACAGGUAAGUCCUUUUCGACGUUGGACUUCUUCAGUCUCUGGGAGAAAACGACAACAACAACAGGCAAACAAAUAAGCAAACCACACAUGUUGAAGGAUAUAGAAUGUGCUAACAAAGAUAAAAUCAGCUUAUAGUGUCGAUAUAUUUGUAAAUAUUAUUGACAUCCAGGCCCUCAAUGACUAGAGACGUUUGAAGGAGCUUGCAAGCGACGAAAAGCAGUUGUGGUUGUCUGGAAAAACGACAGUCCCAUAUCUAUUUUUCUUUGCCUGACCUUUGCUAUUUUUUUUCCAUUGGGCUUUAUUUGCCCAUUUGCUCUCACGGCGAACCUGACAGAGUCCGUAGAAAUGUCUAAGUUGUUGCUCAAAAAAAUUAUGUAACCAGGUUCUCCUUUUGGUCAUAGGGAUCAGGUCAGCUGGUGUUCCUGGAAAGGGAGUCCUUGCGAAAACUCUACGAGUUUGAUGUGAUGGAGUCGGUAAGUUGCUGUUGUUGUUACUUUUACUUCGUGUGUCGUUUAUAAGGUUUUUUUAAUUGUUAAAUCACGUUCCUACUCCCCUAGCUCAGCGUGUCAAAUCUGUGCUGGCCCUCAAAUGAAUCAUUGGGCCAUGAAGCGGAAUAAUAAAUUUUGGCAGACCUAGGAGCUAGGCUAACAGUAAUUGGGUGGACUCUGUGUCAAGGUUCGAGUCUUGGUUAGGGCUUAGAUGGACUGUUAUUCCAUCUAGGGAAGGAGAGGGGGUUAAGAAGUGAUUAACAUGCGAGCCGGUGAUGAGAAUACCUAAAUCCAUCAGGUAGAACUUUUUAUCUUGAUCUACAUGUAACACCAAAUUCUUGUAACUAAUUUACAAGGAAACGUGUAGCAGUUGUUAGGGAGAUUUAAUGAUCAGAUCAAGGGAGUUAAAGGGUUAAGCUAUUAUGGUAUAUAAAUGGAUUCAUCAACGGUAAAAAAAGCGGAGAUAAUUUAAGCAUUGAAAUGUAACGUUACUAAGUUGCUUUCUGUUUUGUAGAAAAAUUGGUAAUCUCUAAAACUGCAGCGAAAUAUUUAAGUAUUCGAGCAGAUUUUCAUUGAGUGUCGAAUGUCAGCCAGGAUUGCGUCACUUCUACUUCAUGUCGCCUUGUGAGAGAUGUGGAAAACUCGCGUUACGUACUAAACCAGUCAGAAAUAAAGAUAAAACUAAUCUUGACAAGGUCACACGAUUUUUCCUUUGUGUCCAAAAUUAUUACUUGUUUUUACUUAAAGUUCUCAUCCGCUCUUUGGUGAUCUUUACCUUCGUUCUGAUUUUCUUUCGUUUUCGAUUUAUAACAUUCAAUAAGAAGGCGCGCUAACAAUCACUGUGUGUUUGGUUUUUCAGAGCGUCGUUAGCUGCUUAUGGCACCCCAAGUUAAACCAGAUUGUGGUCGGUUGUGGAAAUGGAACUACCAAGGUAUACUUUGACCCCGAGAAGAGCAACAAGUGAGUUGGCUUUUAACUCUUUACACCCUAACAUCAGUAUGCAUAUUCUCCACACUGUUCUCUUUACAUUUCCUAAAUGCUGACAAGGAGAAUUAGCUUAACAAUCCAGAGCUUCUGUAGUUGUUGAUCACGUCCAUUAUUCUCAUGACCCUAAUGUUUGAUUCAGGGGGGAUAUUGUAAGGAGAAAUUAGACACCAAUCACUCGUAGGGGUUAAAGGGUUAAAUGAUUGUUACGCUUUUAUUUUCGUUGCUAACGUGUCUUGUGUCAGUAGUUCUUUACCGUAUUACUUCUUAAAGUUGUUGUUCUCUUUGUUUAUGAUUUUUAAAGGGGAGCUAAACUUUGUGCUGGAAAUGUGAAAAGAAAAGUCGCUUCUAAAGAGAUGCCAUUGAAAGAUCACAUUAUCACUCGUGAGUAUAAUUCUGUGCAUUUUUUUUCAUUUGAGGAUUAAAGAGAUUCCAAUGAAAACACGAAAUUGAUUAAAUGCGAUUCCACGUUCCUAAUUUCUGACUAAGUUGGCUAAUUUUAACUGAUACUGAAAUUACAAUGUCUUUUGUUUUGUUUUGUAGCACACUCAUUGCCUAUGUUCCGCGAAAAGCGAUUCAAGAAUAAGAAGAAGUUGAAAGAAGCAGAUCGGAAGGACCCCGUCAGGUCACACAGACCGGAUUUGCCAGUCACUGGCCCAGGUGAGCGUUUAGUUUCAUUGACUGAAUUCAAAAGACCAAGCACAGCUAAGGUAAAUACAGCAGGAGAACCAAUGAAGACCCUUAUGACGUGCCUAGAGCCCGAGAAAACGUGAUCAACGAUGUUUUAAUUGGUUAUGCUUCUUUUGCACCUGAUUGGUUGACAGGGUGACUUGAGAUUUCUAGACCUAUCGCAGAGUGUGGUAAAGCAAAACCAAAGCAGUUUUAGGUUAGGUUGGGCACGCAACUGGAUGAUGCUCCAUAGGGGACUGAAGUUUUGAUAACAACUAUGUAUUUUGAUAAAAGUAGCCUCUAAACCUCCGUAGGAAGCACUUGAACACAGAUAAGUGUAAAAUAUCUGCUUAUUUUUGUAAAAUGUCAGCUAAUUGAUGCUGUGGCUUUUUUUCCAGGUCAUGGUGGCAGAGUUACAUCUGGUAUGUCAUUGUCAGCUUAUGUGGUGAAAAGCAUGGCACUGGAGAUGAAAGAUGAUUCGCAUCCUCGUGAGGCCAUCCUCAAACACGCAAAGGUAUACAGUGUAGCUGUGGUGUGUUCAUUCUUUGUCAGUCAGCUCGCUUUCCUGUCUGCAUGUUUCCUUGCCUUAAUGCACCGUUAUGUCCGCCUGUCUGUUGCUUGGUCUGUCGAUCUUUUAACCACUGUCUUUUUGUUUUUAUAUACUAGUUUAUUAACGCCUGUCUUUGUCUGACUGCCUGUAUACAUGGCUUUCUGUAUCUGUCUUUCUGCACAACUGUUUUCGUCACUUGAAUGUUCUGGUUUUCUGUCUCUCUUUGUGAUUGUCUGGCUCUAUUCCACUGUCCGUCUGUCUGUCAGUGUCCGUCGGUCUAAUUGGUCUGUUUCUCGGCCCCUGUUACUCUUGCCUGCCCACCUGCCUGACUACCUGGUGUCUGUCUGUCUGCCUGCCUGACUGCUUGGUGUCUGACUGUAUGUUUGUAUGUAUGUAGGGAGGUAAGUCAGUCGGUGUUUGCGUCUGUCUCACCGGCAUCAUAUUUUUCUUUUCUCAGGCUGCCGCGGAAGAUCCUUACUGGGUGUCACCAGCAUAUGCACAGUAAGUUUGAUACACCUUGAGCUAUUGGCUCCUGUUUAGACCAAGUUUCGGCGCAAUUAUCGAACAUGGAUGUCAAAAUUAGGCCAGCUCAGCUGUUUAUUUUUAAUAAUGUACCAAGUACGAAGAGUGAUGUUUGGGGUUUUUUUGUCUCGUCGUAAGCUGGACUCUUGACUCUCACAGUGUUGUGGAUCUCAUUAAUUAUCUUUCAGUCUUCGUAAAGGCCUGACUUUCUUUUUUUCCUUUCAGUACCCAACCCAGAACUGUCUUCCAAGAAGAAGAGGAAGAUGACGAAGACGAAGAAGAAUCUCAAAGAAAAAAGAUGAAAUUAUUGUAG